AUGACCCUUUCAAGUGGAUUUGCGCCCGUGCGCGGCCGCGCCGUUGCACAAGAAUUGUUUUUUGACGAAGGCUACAAAUGUGCAGUUUGCGUUAUUUAUCGCAAAGAACUGAAAGAUUUGAAAGUGACCAAUUUGAAGAGGCAUUUUGCCAAAUUACAUGAGAAGGAGUACGGGGCAUUAACCGUCGACGAGCGACAUGAAAAGUUCCGGGAUCUGAAAAGAGGAUCUGGAACUCCUCAAAGUACAAAUACCGAAUUGUCAGCAAAAAAUGUACAAAGUUUUCCAAAGUUAAAGUCUAUUUUGCCACAAACUUUAGAAAAUAUAAAUUAUGAAUAUUUCAAACAAAUUGUAGCAGAGCUACAAAAGGACUUUACCUCCCGAUUCGAGGAUAUUAAAAAAUUAGAAUUAUAUAUUAAUAUUACUGGAAAUCCAUUUUCAGUAGAUUUAAGUUUAAUGACAAAUAACGAAGCUUUAAAAGCAGAGUUAAAUAAUAUACGUUACGAUCAAACAUUAAUUCUUCAACUUAUUUUAUAUAUAUUAUUCACCGUGAUAGGAUUUUAUAUUUUAUAUUGUAUAUAUUUCUAUUCUUUGCAUACCUUCAUUCCUCUUUUUGUACAUUUCGUUGUCCGCCGGAGAUUCCCUUCUCGCCGGGAGGGCCGGGAAUUGCAGCGUCCGUUCCCUCGUUUCGGUCAAUCGAGAAGGCAGAAGAGGAGAAUUGUUAGCCUGGAAAACCUACUGCAGGAAUUGCGCGAGCAAUGUCAGCUUUCGUCAAAUUCUUCCCACGUUAUUGAGGCAAUAACAGAAGAAUCUGUAGUAAAAGAAAUACAGACCGGCAAAGUUAACGGGCAAUAUCCGCCAGGUUUACGCGCAUUUGCGUUGACUGUAAAUUUUUACAGUCCAAAAGCGUAUAAUUAUAUACGGCAAGUAUUUCAAAAUAAAUUGCCAAGUCCAUCGACGAUUAGAGCUUGGUAUAGCACGACUGAUGGGUCACCAGGCUUCACAAAAGAAGCAAUUGACAUUUUAAAAAGAAAAUCCGAGGAAGCUGGGGACAAAAAGUUAUACGCCUGUUUAACGAUGGACGAGAUGGCUAUUCGCAGUCAAGUUGUCUGGGACAAAUCAAAAACUAAAUUUGUGGGAUACAUAGAUACUGGUAUCCAGACGGAGAACAACGAAAAUUUACCACUGGCAAAGGAGGCAUUGGUACAUUUACUCACUGGAAUUAAUCAGCGGUGGAAAAUACCAGUGGCGUAUUUUUAAUUGUGUACAGUUUUCCAGUUGUACCACUAAACACUUUAUACGAAGGGCUACACCACGCUGUGAUGUACACGGCAGGGUUUUUAGAACGUAAGAUAUUAAAAAGAAUUAAAUGUUUAACGUGCAUAACAUUAAUAGAUGAAUGUAUAGCUGCACAUUCAAAUUUCAUUGCACACAAAUCUUGUGGCUCACUAACAAUAAGAUAUCCACGAUAAGAUACAUUUAUAAUAUGCAGUGUGACAGAGAAAGUAUUUAAUAUAUUUAAAGUAGAGAAUAAGCUGCAAAUUACAAAUGCUAAACAUAAAAUGAUUGUAGCAACCAUGAGAAAUAUAAAUAUGUUUGCACUAUUUCGAAAUUUUGACAUCUAUUCAAUGGAAGAAGAUGUAUUACAAAAUCACAAAUAUGAAGUUAUUAAAUUAAUUAUAAGCUAUUAUUUAGAUGUUAAGUUAAGAUACGAAGGUACUGUUCAAACGUUAAAUUAUCAUAAAACGUUUAUAAGGAAAUCGUUAACAAAAACAGUACUUUUUAGAGGACAAUAAAAUUUAUUAUUAUACCAAAUAGUACAUGAUGUUUCAUUUCUU